AUGGUGACUCGAAAGCCAGUACCUCAAUCUACAAAUCAGUCCAACAACCAAUCCUCCUCGCCGCCAUACCCCAUUACCCCAGUAUCUUCGAAUUCACCCGCCACUUUUCGCACUGAAGAUGACUACAAAGCAAUGUUGUCUGCAAACAAUGUAGAGUCAAAUAUUUGGAACGAAGAAGAACAUUCUCACCCUGAUCCUAGCAGCCUUCCAGAUGCUUUGAAGGUUGGGUCAUCGGGAACCCCUCCUAAACCUUCUCGGGAUAUGUUAAACCCAAACCCCUCGACCACGAAUCCAUUCUUGAGGAGGCAACAAAUACAGGUUUCACGCAGUACAGUAUCUGAUGGAAAAGAAAGUAGUGCGGAUAUCUGGAAUGAGCUUACAGAGAAACCCGCACACCCCGACUACCCACCACCCCCUCCUCCUCCCCUUGUACCUCAAGUAACCCAACAACUGUCAAAUAUGGAAGUGUCUGGUCAGAAUACGAACCCGUGGCAACCCGUUGCGAAUGACAAGCAGCCAUUACAAACGUCCAAUCUUCAACGAGAAGAUUCAGGAAACGAAGCCUGGUCAAGCGCAAAUCCCCACGACGUCAUUACAUCUUCUGAUUUAUCCGAACAGUCGCAACAGCCUGUCUUGGUAGACAUUGAUGAACCGGACUCGCCGGCAUGGGACGAGGACGAUUACGAAGAAGAGGAAGAGGAAGAGACAAUACCGGCCAGCUCCAAGAAGUCGUCAUUACCUCUGCACGAAACGCAGGAGAUACUAGAAGAUAAGCAUGCAUGGGAUUCUACUCAUGGCCAAGGAUUGAAUCAAACGCAAACAAUUCCAGUUCAGCCCUCGGGGCACACUCAAUACUCGAUCCCCCCUACCGAAGGAUGGAACUUGAUUGAUCAUGAUAUUAUACCGGAUAAUGUUCAGCAAAGCGGAGUAAUUGGAGUAGAUGGCACAGAGAUUUCCAGAUUACCUUCCGAAGAGCACCCUCCAGCACUUCCACCGCGAAACUCCCAAGAACAUCCUCCUCUUCAACCUCCACGGCCAGUCGUGGACGCGACGAACCAAAGUACACCAUCGAAUUCGACGCCUGGUACAACAGCAUCCGCUCAAAGACAAAAGAAAGAGACCUACGAGAUCAAGAAAAUAUCGUGGCAUGACAUUAAUGCUCAAAAUAACCCCAGAGUUUCACCUAUCCUGGUGCAAAAUGCCAAUGGGCCUUGUCCUCUACUAGCUCUCGUGAAUGCUCUGACUUUAUCAACCCCCGCUGGUGUGGACACCGCUUUAAUUGAGACGCUUCGAUCACGCGAGCAAGUCAGUCUUGGAUUAUUGCUUGAUGCAGUUUUUGAUGAACUCAUGUCCGGGAGACGUGGAGACGCUGCACAAGAGCUUCCAGAUGUGGGCGAUCUAUAUUCCUUUCUGCUAACACUCCACACGGGAAUGAAUGUGAAUCCCCUAUUUUUUCCCACAUCGCCUACACAAUCAGCGAAUGAUCCUCGGAACUCAAUGUCACAUAUUAAUCCUACGCAACGUGACGGCGCACUCCCGGGCACAUUUGAAGAGACUCGCGAAAUGAAAUUAUACGGUACUUUCUCGGUACCGUUAAUUCAUGGCUGGCUACCUGAAGAAGAAUCGCCCGCUUAUAUGGCACUCAGGAGAUCUGCUAAAUCAUAUGAAGACGCACAAAACUUAAUGUUUCACGAAGAAGAAUUAGAAGAUAAGUUGGCUACCGAAGGCCUAAGUUUUCAGGAACAGGGCAUACUAGAGGAUAUUGCAACGAUCAAAGCCUUCUUCGUUUCCGCGGCAACUCAACUUACAGCCCAUGGCCUGGAUCUUAUAACUACAUCCCUGAGUCCAGGAGCAGUAGCCAUUUUGUUUCGAAAUGACCAUUUUUCCACAAUUUUCCGACAUCCAACAACGCUUCAACUAUUGCAGCUCGUGACAGAUUCUGGUUAUGCCGGACACGAAGAAGUUGUAUGGGAAGGCCUUAUUGAUGUCAAUGGCGAAAGGGCCGAGUUUUAUUCGGGUGACUUUCGUUUGGUUGGUGGAGCCUCCACGGCACAAGGGAAUGAGGAAGGUAAUUGGACCACAGUUACUAGCCGUAGGAACAAUAAUCAAGGUGGCUCUUCGCAUCAGACACCGUCAGAAAACCAGCGGCAGUCAGAGAAUCACGAUCAAAUUACGAAUACAGAACAAGAAGAUCACGAUCUUGCCUUAGCAAUGCAAUUACAGGAAGAAGAGGAUGAGCGUCACCGAAAUGAAACUGCUCGAAGGCGAAGAGAGUCAGAUCUAUCACAGCAGUACAUCGAGCAGCAGGGCAAUAGCAAUAAUAAUAAUAAUGGCCCUGUUGGCCAGCGCCGCGGUAGCGGGCAAGUUAGUACUAGCGGUCGUGGAGUCAAUGUUCCUGUGCGAGGCUCGACUCGUGGUCGUGCCAGUACUCAAGGCCGCCCUACAAUUCCACCUCGCAAUAACAAUAAUACCGCUGCUCCCGUUGACCCAGAAGCAGGUAUCGAUGCACCACCUCCUUCAUACGAGCAAGCUUCCACCCAACCAGCUUAUCAACCCCCAACCAAUCACCCUGCCCAUCCGAACGCAAACCCUAGCAGGAGACCAAGUGCUUCCACAACAACUUCAAAUAGUCAACCACCUCCUCCAGCUAAUGCUACGGGUCGCCGCAAUACAACCUCUUAUGGUGCUCCUGGAAGUGGUCAGACACUAAUCGAUCAAGUUCCUGGGCGCAGGAUUCCAAACCCAAACCAAGGUUUAUCAAAUACCCAACAGCAGGAGAGGUCAAAGGACUGUAUUAUUAUGUGA